AUGUUUCUCCUUUUCCAGCUCCGUGCCUGCGUUCUCCUCGCCUUGGCCACUUGUGCCUUUGGUCACCCAACCGGCACCUACACCCUCGCCAGUAACCUCGGCUACGGCGCCGGCUAUGGCAGCCUUGGCUAUUCCGGCCUCGGCUAUGGUGGCCUUGGUCUUUCCCAUUAUGGCCUUUCCCACGGAGUGGGCUACUCCGGCCUGACUGGCUACGGUGUUGGUUACGGAUACGGAUAUGCCCCAUCCGCCAGCUACGCGGUCGCGGCCCCAGCCGUUACCCGUACCGUCUCCACCUACCACGCCGCUCCAGCUGUGACCGCUGUCCACGCUGCUCCAGCCGUGACCGCUGUCCACGCUGCUCCAGCUGUGACCGCUGUCCACGCCGCCCCAGCCGUCGCUACCUACGCCGCUGCCCCAGCUGUCACCAGGGUUGUCCAGUCCGCUCCAGUUGUCGCCACCUACGCCGCUGCCCCAGCUGUAACUAGGGUGGUCCAGUCCGCUCCUCUUGUCCAGAGCUUUGCUGCUGCCCCAGCCGUGACCACUGUGCACGCUGCUCCAGCUGUGGCUACCGUCCACGCUGCCCCAGCCGUGACCACUGUUCACGCUGCUCCAGCUGUGGCUACCGUCCACGCUGCCCCAGCCGUGACCGCUGUUCACGCUGCUCCAGCUUUUGCUGCCGUCCACGCUGCCCCAGCUGUUGCCACCGUCGCCCACGCCGCUCCAGCCGUCGCCACCUACAGCGUUGCCCACGCGGCCCCAGCCGUCGCCACUUAUGGUGUUGCUCACGCUGUCCCAGCUUACUACGGCUACGGCGUUGGCUCCCUCGGAUACGGUGCCGGCAGCUACGGUUAUGGCCACGGUCUCCUCGGAUACGGCCUGAACUAUGGUUACGGUCUUGGCUCUCCUCUCAGCUACUCCACCCUCCUCCGCAAGAAGAAGUGCCUUUGGAAGCAUUGGCAAGACAUCGCCACAUCGGUCCGCCAGCUGGAUCUGGCGGGCAAUAAAGUGGCUCGUCUGUGUGCGCACAGCUGGGUGCUUCUGGACGCGACAUGUUGGCCUGCAACGGACCAUGCGCUGUUGGACGAGACAGAGGGCCAUAAGAGCCCCAGUUAUUACCGUAGAAUUUCACGCGGUGACGCGGGAAGCCAGGCAGAGCCCCUGCAAGACGAAAAGUUGUCGCAGCUGCGUACCUGCAUUCUCCUCGCCUUGGCCACCUGUGCCUUUGGUCAUCCUACCACUAGCUACACUCUCGCCAGUAACCUUGGUUACGGACUCGGCUAUGGCAACCUCGGCUAUGCCGGCCUUGGCUACGGUGGUCUUGGGCUCUCCCAUUACGGCCUUUCCCAUGGAGUUGGGUACUCCGGCGUGACUGGUUAUGGCGUUGGUCACGGAUACGGAUACGCCCCAGCCGCUAGCUACGCCGUCGCUGCCCCAGCUGUUACCCGCACCGUUUCCACCUACCACGCUGCUCCAGCUGUGACUGCCGUCCACGCUGCUCCAGCGGUGACCGCUGUCCACGCCGCCCCAGCUGUCGCCACCUAUGCUGCCGCCCCAGCUGUGACCAGCGUUGUCCGCUCUGCUCAAGUCGUUGCUGCUGCCCCAGCUGUCACCAGCUACGCUGCUGCCCCAGCUGUCACCAGGGUGGUCCAGUCCGCUCCAGCUGUCACCUACGCUGCCGCCCCAGCUGUCACCAGGGUGGUCCAGUCUGCUCCCCUUGUCCAGACCUAUGCUGCCGCCCCAGCCGUAACUCGUGUCGCCACCUAUGCUGCCCCCGCUGUGACCAAGGUUGUCCAGUCCGCUCCUCUUGUCCAGAGCUACGCUGCUGCCCCAGCCGUCACCGCUGUCCACGCUGCUCCGGCUUUCGCUGCCGUCCACGCUGCCCCGGCUGUUACCACCGUUGCCCACGCUGCCCAAGCGGUUGCUACUUACGGAGUCGCCCACGCUGCCCCAGCGGUCGCUACCUACAGCGUUGCUCACGCUGCCCCAGCCCUCGCUACCUACGGUGUUGCCCACGCUGCACCAGUCCACUACGGCUACGGCAUUGGUUCCCUGGGAUACGGUACCGGUCACUACGGUUACGGCCACGGUCUGCUCGGCUACGGCCUGAACUACGGCUACGGUCUUGGCUCCCCUCUGAGCUACGCCACCCUCCUCCGCAAGAAGAAGUGCUGUCACAUAUACGGCUUCAACAGCUGCAACUUGUUAUCGGAGUCCUCAAUUAUGGCAAAAAUCAACCGCCUCUCACAGCUCCUGGCCAUGUGGCCUUCUUCUUCGCAGUUGUAA